UUGCUGAAGCAAAAUACAAAGGUGACGUCGGUUCUAAGCUUCGAGAAGGUUUAACUCGACAAGAAACGUCAAAAAUUGAAGCUGAUACUGUCUUGAUAGAAAAUGAACGAAAAAUAUCCAUUGCUCAAGCCGAAAUGAAUUUAUCUACUAAAAAAUCAGAAUACUCACAACAAGUUAAAGUCGCUGCUAUCGAAGCUGAUCAAGCUGCUAAGAUGCGACAAGCUGAACUUGAAAAAGAAGUUGAAGAACGUCGACUUUUGUCAGAAACAGAACGUCUUAGAGUUCAAUAUGUUGCAAAAGCCACUGCUGAAUAUGAAGCGGCAAAAGCUGUCGCCAAUGCUAAAUUAUACGCCGCACAAAAAGAAGCCGAGGCUGCGUUAUAUAAGAAACAAAAAGAAGCAGAGGGAUUAUUAGCUGUCUAUAAUGCUCAGGCUGAAGGUAUAAAGAAUUUAAUGAAAGCAUUUGGUGGUGAAAGACAGGCUGCAAUUCAAUAUCUAAUGAUUGAAAAAGGUAUAUAUCAACAAUUGGCCAAAGAAAAUGCACAAGCUAUUCAAGGACUAAACCCGAAAAUUACUGUUUGGAAUACUGGAGAUGGAGCUACAAAUACCGGAAAUAAUGUAAACCCUAUUGCUAACAUAUACCAAAGUUUACCACCAUUGUUGUCAACUAUUCAAGAACAAACUG